UCUCUCUCUCUCGUUGUUUCUACCCUCCUGUUUUAUCAAUCCUCCAACAUCAGUCUACCUGAAGUCCACCUCUCUCCACUCUCUCUCUCUCUCUUUCUCCGAGGAGAGAAAGUGGUGGCGUAUAGCAAAAGAGAAGAAAUCCAUCCGAUUCACUCUCUUUCUUUCUUUCUAUAUCUGAGGAAACAGCCGAGAACCCAUCUCUGGAUUGUGCACACCCACUUCUUUCUGGAUCAAUUUCAACCAAAGGAGGCAAUGUGGGGUAUCAUUUAGGCCAUUCCAGUCUGGGGAUGCAACCAUGGAAACUAAUGGUUUCUUCAAUUGCAUUAUUAAGUCCUUGUGUUUCUGUGCCCUCCUUGGGCUUGAUCUUUCUUCUGCCACAUCUCCGUACAUUGGCAAGAUUUAUCCAGGGUUUGAAGGGUCUCAAAUGAAUUGGGUCGAUCACAACGGUCUGUUUCUCCUGUCCAACAACUCUAUAUUCGCUUUAAGAUUCUACAAUGGUUUGGAUGUAGCUUCCUUUGUUUUGGUUGUCAUCCACAUGGGAAGUUCCAAAAUAGUUUGGACUGCCAAUAGAGGGUUGCUGGUUAGAAACACUGAUAAAUUCGUGUUUGAUAAGAAUGGGAAUGUUUACUUGGAAAAUGCGACAAGUGUAGUUUGGUCUACGGAUACGAAAGGGAAAGGAGUUACGUCCAUGGAAUUGCUGGACACGGGGAAUUUGGUUUUGGUUGGGGAUAAUAAGAAAAUCCUUUGGCAGAGCUUUAGUCAUCCCACCGAUACCCUUUUAUCUGGUCAGGAAUUUGUUGAAGGGAUGAGGCUGAAGAGUUUCCCUUCCCAACAUAAUUUGAAUCAUUAUCUUGAGAUCAAGUCAAAUGACGUGAUCCUGUAUGCAGGAUAUCGAACUCCACAAGUUUACUGGUCUAUGGCGAAUGAUAAUGGGACAGCCAUCAAAGAAGCCAAUGGAACAAUAUUUUCUGCUUCCAUAGUUGCCAACUCAUGGAAUUUCUAUGAUCGAAACAAAACCCUUGUUUGGCAGUUUAGAUUCUCACCAUUCAAUGAUGUGAAUGCAACUUGGGCUGCUGUUCUGGGCACAGAGGGGUCAGUCUCUUUCAUAAAUCUUGAGAGGGGAGCAAUGCCUGGACCUCCGCCAUUGAAAAUUCCAAAAAAUUCCUGUGGCACUCCUGAGCCUUGUAAUCCAUUUGUUGUGUGUAGUUUUGACAUCCGAUGCCAGUGCCCUUCAGCUCUCAGAUCUCAUCCUAAUUGCAUGCCCCAGCUUGACAUCUCAUGUAAUAGCUCACAAAGUGUGGUUGAGAUGUUAUAUAUUGGCGAAAAACUUCAUUAUUUUGCACUUGGAUUUGUUGUACCCGUUUUGAAAACUCAUUUGAAUGGUUGUAAAGAAGCCUGCAUUAGAAACUGCUCAUGCCGGGUGCUAUUCUUUGAGAACACAUCGGGCAAUUGCUUUCUGUUCGAUCAGAUAGGAAGUUUACAACGCGCUGACUCUGGUUCUUCUGGUUUCACUGCAUAUAUCAAGGUUCAGAUUGGAAAUGGGACGAAAGGGAAGAAGCAUGUUGCAUCUAUUGUGAUUAUAUCGGUUUUGACGGUAAUAGCUAUUGUAGUUCUACUCUACAUAGGAUUCCGAUUAGUCCUCAGAAAGGAUAAACUACCUGAACCCUCUCAAGAGACCUCCGAAGAGGAUAAUUUCUUAGACAAUGUCUCCGGAAUGCCUGUACGCUUCAGUUACAAUGAUCUUUGUAGUGCAACAAAAGACUUCUCUGAGAAGCUUGGCCAAGGAGGAUUUGGUUCAGUGUACCAAGGAUUGCUUAGAGAUGGGACCAAAGUGGCAGUGAAAAAACUGGAGGGCAUUGGGCAAGGGAAGAAAGAGUUUAGAGCUGAAGUAAGCAUCAUAGGAAAUAUCCAUCACGUCCAUCUGGUCAAGCUCAAAGGCUUUUGCGCUGAGGGGAGCCACCGGCUUCUUGUUUACGAAUACAUGGGUAAAGGGUCUUUAGAUAAAUGGAUCUUCACGAAGAUACGAGACGGUAAUAUAUUGGAUUGGGAGAAGAGAUUCAAUAUUGCUUUGGGGACUGCAAAAGGAUUGGCCUAUCUCCAUGAAGAAUGCGAUGUCAAGAUUGUCCACUGUGAUAUCAAACCUGAAAAUGUUCUCCUUGAUGAUAAUUUCCUCGCAAAAGUUUCAGAUUUUGGUUUGGCGAAGCUAAUGGGAAGGGAACAAAGCCAUGUAUACACGGUAGUUAGGGGCACAAGAGGGUACUUAGCACCAGAGUGGAUAACAAACCAUGCCAUAUCAGAAAAGAGUGAUGUCUACAGUUUUGGUAUGGUUCUUUUGGAGAUCAUUGGGGGAAGAAAGAACUACAACCCAGGUGAGAUUUCAGAGAAAGCCCAUUUUCCGUCUUAUGCCUUAAAAAUGAUGGAAGAAGGAAAACUGGAAGACAUCAUUGAUCCGAAUCUUGAUAUUGACAAGAAUGAUGAAAGGAUUAUUGCUGCAAUGAAGGUUGCUUUGUGGUGUAUACAGGAUGACAUGCAUAUGAGACCACCGAUGAGUAAAGUGGUCCAAAUGCUCGAAGGUCUUUGCGCAGUGCCUGAGCCCCCUGCCUUAGUUCAAAUGAGUUCUCGCCUUUAUUCAAGUUUCUUCAAAUCUAGUAGCGAAGAGGGCACUUCCUCGGGGUUAUCGGUUAUGGAUAGUGUUGCGCUACUCCCAGAUGUUGAACUAUCUGGGCCACGAUGAUUGAAGCCAUUGUUGAAGAUGUUCUUUUGGACGUCGUCUGUUGUCUCCACAUACCUUCGAGCCAUGAGAUAUGUCAACUUUUUAUGCCUACGUGUACUUCUAUGUUUUGAGCUCGAGUCUCAAGCUCCGUGAUAGUUGCCACUAUAGAAAAUUUCAGAAUGUCGAUUAGAUGAUUUAUUUGACAAUGAAUAAUUGAUCUUGGUUUCUGCCCUA